UGGGGGUUGGUUGAGGCGGACGGUGGGUCCGGGCCCGAGUGUGGCGCCGCCGCCGCUGCGCAAAGGGGGGCAACCCGGCAGUUUUUGAGGGUGAAAAGGAAUGAACUUUUCUUCCAGAGACUACAAAGCAAUUUUUUUUUUCUUUAGAGAGCCUCCAAAUACUAAUAUUUGGUACACAUUUCUUUUUCUGGAAGGAAACUUCAGAAUAUGGCACUCAUGAGUCGGAAAAUGGGUAAGAAGAGUCGAGUGAAAACGCAAAAAUCAGGCACUGGUGCUACAGCAAGUGUGUCACCGAAGGAAACCUUGAACCUGACUAGUGAGCUGUUGCAGAAAUGCAGUAGUCCCGCACCUGGCCCAGGAAAGGAAUGGGAAGAGUAUGUGCAGAUCCGGUCUCUAGUCGAGAAAAUACGAAAAAAACAAAAAGGUCUGUCUGUUACUUUUGAUGGAAAAAGAGAAGAUUACUUCCCUGACCUAAUGAAGUGGGCCUCUGAAAAUGGAGCCUCUGUUGAGGGUUUUGAAAUGGUCAACUUCAAAGAAGAGGGCUUUGGUCUGAGAGCCACGAGAGACAUCAAGGCAGAAGAAUUGUUUUUAUGGGUUCCACGAAAAUUACUAAUGACUGUCGAAUCUGCUAAAAAUUCAGUGUUGGGGCCCUUAUAUUCUCAAGACCGGAUUCUUCAAGCUAUGGGAAAUAUCACACUGGCCUUUCACCUGCUGUGUGAGCGAGCUGACCCUAACUCUUUCUGGCAGCCCUAUAUUCAGACCCUCCCCAGCGAAUAUGACACUCCUCUCUACUUUGAGGAGGAUGAAGUUCGGGACCUUCAGUCCACACAAGCUAUCCAUGACGUUUUCAGCCAAUACAAGAACACGGCUCGGCAGUACGCCUACUUCUAUAAAGUCAUCCAGACCCAUCCUCACGCCAACAAACUGCCCUUGAAGGAUGCUUUCACUUAUGAGGACUACAGGUGGGCAGUCUCUUCUGUUAUGACUCGACAAAACCAAAUUCCCACGGAGGACGGUUCCCGGGUGACCCUGGCGCUGAUUCCUUUAUGGGACAUGUGCAAUCACACCAACGGCCUGAUCACCACCGGCUACAACCUGGAAGAUGAUCGCUGUGAGUGUGUCGCCCUGCGGGACUUCCGGGCGGGAGAGCAGAUUUACAUUUUUUAUGGCACUCGGUCAAAUGCAGAGUUUGUGAUCCACAGUGGUUUUUUCUUUGACAAUAAUUCACACGACAGAGUGAAAAUAAAGCUGGGAGUGAGUAAGAGUGACCGGCUGUACGCCAUGAAGGCUGAGGUCCUGGCCCGCGCCGGCAUCCCCACUUCCAGUGUGUUUGCGCUGCAUUUUACCGAGCCACCGGUCUCUGCGCAGCUCCUGGCUUUUCUCCGCGUGUUCUGCAUGACCGAAGAAGAAUUGAAGGAACAUUUGCUGGGAGAUAAUGCUCUCGACAGAAUCUUCACUUUGGGUAAUUCUGAAUAUCCCGUUAGCUGGGACAAUGAGGUCAGACUUUGGACAUUUCUUGAAGAUCGAGCCUCGCUUCUUUUAAAAACAUACAAAACAACUAUUGAGGAAGACAAAUCCUUCUUGAAAAACCACGACCUUUCUGUUCGUGCAGCAAUGGCCAUCAAGCUGCGCUUAGGAGAAAAAGAGAUUUUGGAGAAAGCGGUGAAGAGCGCGGCUGCGAAUCGGGAGCACUAUCGCAAGCAGGUGGAGGCGGGGGCCCCGCUGCCCCGGUGUGAGGAGAGUGGCACGGGGGGCGCCAGGCUGCCCCUGGCCUUGCGGAGCCUGGAGGAGGAGGCUGGGGUGCAGGAGGCCCUCACCCUCACCGAGGCCGUCGGCAGGGUGAAGGCUGUGGAAAACGGGCUUGUGAAUGGCGAAAACUCUAUCCCCAACGGGACCAGGUCAGAAAAGGGAAAUUUAAAUCAGGAGGAAAGUAAAAGAGCGACUGAAGGCACCAAAGAAUCUUCUUCAGAUAGCACUGAGCGUGGUAGAGAGCAGUAGCCCUGAGAGGAGGUGCCGUCUGGUGGGGGGGUUGAGUUGAGCAAAAGUUUAUGAACCGUCCAUUUACAUCGCUGUGUUUUCUUGUUCACAUUUUUCUUUCUGCAGAGAGGAAAAGAUGUUUUUGCUGCUUUAUAUAAAAAUGAUUUUUUUUAAGUUAUUUAAAAAAAUCUAGCUUCCCUCUUUGAUUAAGAUUGCCAUCUUGCUUCUGGGCAAAAUGAACAGGUUAUCAAGCCACCAACGAGGUGCUUUGGAAGACUCUGUAGACCCAUUGUGGGCAAAUGUGUUUUCUUCCUGGGGAAGAAUGCAGUUCUGCUCUCAGCUGUGCUUUUGUGGGCCUGUCAUCUUGACAGCCAGGACGACAGCAGGACUGGGUGUCGGCGCUCUGGGGGCUCAGCGUGGGGGAGGGGGGCGUUGUACAGCACAGAGCGGGCUUGGGGUCUGGCAACUUGAGGGUUGGGGCGAAGCCUUUUUUUUUUUUCCUAAAAAAAUAACACCCCGGUACUG